CUGCCACACCCGUUAUCCGGUCACCAACCUCGAUACAUCCGGAUAACCAUACACCAACAAAGUGAUUCCAGUCACUCAAACUCCAACGACGAGCGAUAAUUAUCAUGCGUGUGGUGCAAGUCCUUCAACGCAACUUGGCGCGCCAACUCCUUGUCCGUCCCAGCAGCACUGCGCGAGCAUUCUCGACCCUUCCGGAGCAUGAGGUCGUCGGUCUGCCGGCUCUCUCGCCGACGAUGGAAACCGGUACCAUCUCGACGUGGCUCAAGAAGGAAGGCGACAAAAUCGCCGCAGGCGACAUUGUGUGCCAAAUCGAAACAGACAAAGCCGUCGUGGACUUCGAAGCCCAAGACGACUCGUAUCUGGCCAAAAUUCUGAAACCCGAAGGCUCGGCCGAUGUCAAGGUUGGCGAACCCAUCUUUGUUACGGUGGAAGACCCCAGCGAAAUUCCUGCGUUUGCGAGCUUUUCCCUGAGCGGUGUUGCCCCCGUCGCAGCUGCGCCAACUCCCGCUGCCCCCAAGGCCACCCCUGCACCUGUGGCCGCUUCUACGGCCGCGCCUGUGGUCCCUGUGAGCCCCUCCACCCUUGCAGGUCGCGUCAUUGCCAGUCCUUUGGCCAAGAAAUUGGCUCGCGACACUGGCGUGACGUUGGGAGGUGUGAGUGGCACCGGUCCGUUGGGCCGCAUCCUUCGCGCCGACGUUGAAUCCGUGUUGUCUGCCGGGCCAGUUGCCCCUGCCCCUGCUGCUGCCGCGAUUCCUGCGGCUGCGCCCGUGGCGUCUGCCGCACCGACCACCCCGUUGACCCAUGGAGACUACACGGACUUCCCUCUCACCGACAAGGCUCAACACUAUGCCGCCCAGUUGACCCAACAAAAGCUGGAUGUCCCGCACUACCACUUGACUGCUGACCUUGCCUUGGACAAGUUGCUUGUUGCUCGCGACCUGUUGAACAAGACCCGCAAAGAGGACGAGCAAUUGUCCGUCAACGACUUCUUCCUCCGCGCCGCCGCCUUGACCAUGAAGAAGGUGCCGGCCGCCAACGCUGCCUGGCUCGGCAGCGUCAUUCGCCAAUUCCACAACGUGCACAUCAAUGUGUUGGUGGCUGCCGAAGGCGGCGUCGUGGCCCCUGUGGUGCGUCAAGUCAACUCCAAGGGACUCGACCAAGUGAACGCCGAAGUGCGUGCGAUUCUCGCCAAGGGCUCGGAAGCCGCGGCGUCGUGGACGGACGCCGACUUGGAAACCGGCACGUUUACCAUCUCCAACGUCGGCAUGUUCGACGUCAAGUCGUUCGCGGGCAUCGUGAGCCCCAACCAGUCGUGCUCGCUUGGCCUGGGCACGAUCGCCAAGCGCGUGGUGCCUAACGACGACCCGAACGCCGAGCAAAUCUACAAAUACUCGACCCAACUCACGGCCACCCUGGCGUUGGACCACCGCGUGAUCGACGGUGCCACCGGCGCGCAAUGGCUGGCGUCGUUCAAGGAGUUAGUCGAAGACCCGUUGCGCAUGAUCUUGUAAAGGGGAUAUAGAGAAAUGGAGGAGGAUGUGUAACGAGGAACACUCAAGAGUGACGUUAUUGUAUGCA